AUGAACUCCGCCCUGCAUCAAACAGGACUAAUGUUUUUGAGAAGCGCCAUCGAAAGAAUCCUUUCGGAUCGCGAUAUCAAACGAAAAGAGAACUUACAGUUGAAGAAAGCAUGCGAGAACGUUCUAGAGGAGUUGAAAGGCGAAAAUUACGCCAGUGAUAACAAUAAUGGCGAAGUUUUGCCGGACAAAGAACGCAUUGUGGAGGCUGAUCGCUAUUUUUUGCCAUUUGAAUUAGCAUGUAAAUCGAGAAGUCCCAAGAUUGUAAUAACUGCCUUAGAUUGCCUUCAGAAACUGAUAGCAUACGGUCAUCUAACCGGGCGUGGGGCCGAUUCAUCAAAUCCUGAUCGCAAACUGAUUGACCGCAUUGUAGAAGCUAUUUGCUCGUCGUUUAUAGGUCAAGGAACUGACGAAGCUGUAUUAUUACAAAUAAUCAAGGCUAUUCUUGCUGUUGUGCUUACUAACAAUUGCGAGGUGCAUGAAGGUUCUCUUCUACUUGCUGUUCGGACAUGCUUCACCAUCUUUCUCGCCACAAAAAGUCCUAUCAAUCAGUCAACGGCUAAAGGAACGCUGACCCAGGUUAUCAAUGCUGUGUUUGCCAACAUGGAGCGAGUGGGGAACACGAAAGAUGAUUCGGUCAUUGUUCAUGAGGUUGUUGAACACCUUGUCUCAUCCGCCGUAAACAUGGCAUUAGAAGGGAACGAUGAGGUUGAAAGUCGCAGUGGUCGCGGAGGUGCAGGGGCGUCGACGAUUUGGGGUGAAAAUGAUGGUGCACAUGCGGAAGAUCAGAUUACUUUUCCUAACGUAGAACAAAAAGAUGCUUUCCUGGUAUUUCGUGCUCUAUGCGUUUUGGCUCAAAAAGACGAGGGCGAUGUUAAUGAUCCACGAAACACACACUUGAAUUCCAAAAUGUUAGCAUUGGAGAUGUUGUUAUUGGUGCUACAAAACUCCUCAACAACUCUCCAAAAUGCUCAGCCUUUCACAUUGCUUAUUAGAAAGUCAUUAUGCGUUGCUCUUUCUCGUAACGCAGUCUCUUCUAAUGUGAAGGUUUGUCAGGGUUCUUUCACAUCUGUUAAGCGUGUCUUUGAAAAGUCUCUAGCUAUUUUUGUGCAACUAUUGGAUAAGUUCAAGGUACACCUGAAGCUCCAGAUUGAGGUAUUUUUCAAAGAGAUUAUCAUUUCCAUGCUAGAGUCAUCGUCAUGUUCGUUCGAACAUAAAUGGAUCGUUCUUCAUACCAUU